AUGGGACUCUCCAGAAUCCUCACAGCUUCCCUGUUGGCGUUACGCCUUCUCUCCAGUCCGGUCAACGCCGCAUCCACCAACGCUCUUGAGCAACGACAAGAUGCCGGCACCGACUACUGGUUCUCUUCCAUCAAGCGCCAAGGCAAGGCAGUCUGGGCCGACGAUGCCUUCAAGGUCUUUCGCAACGUCAAGGACUAUGGCGCCAAGGGAGACGGAACCACCGAUGACACCGCAGCCAUCAACAAGGCGGUCCAGGACGGCCCUGAUCGUUGCAUCGAAAAGUGCGACUCCCGAACCAGAACCCCUGCACUCGUGUACUUCCCUCCCGGUACCUACCUUGUCAGCUCGCCCAUCAUCCAGAGCUACUACACCGCAUUUGUUGGCGAUAUGUCCAAGAUUCCCACUCUCAAGGCCACUGCCAACUUCGAAGGUAUGGGUGUGAUUGAUGCUAACCCCUACGAUUACACGACCCAGUCGGACCCGCCGCCCAACUGGUACAUCAACCAGAACAACUUCUUCCGUCAGGUCCGCAACUUCAUCAUCGACACCACGGACAUGCCUCUCAACAAGGGUUCUGGUAUCCACUGGCAGGUCGCCCAGGCCACCAGCUUGCAGAACAUUGUCUUCAACAUGAAAUCCGAUACCAGCCCGGAGAACCAGCAGAAGGGGCUCUUUAUAGAGAAUGGAUCCGGUGGCUUUAUGGCCGACCUCACGUUCAACGGCGGCGGUAUCGGAAUGGACGUUGGCAGCCAGCAGUUCACCUUUCGCAACAUGACCUUCAAUAACUGCAACACUGCUGUCCACAUGAUCUGGAACUGGGUCAUGGUCAUGCAAGAUAUGACGAUCAAUGGCGGCCAGGUCGGUAUUAACAUGACUAGUGAUAGCCUGGAAGUCAUCAAGGUCGGAUCAUUGAUACUCAUGGACAGCAAGUUCUCCAAUGUUCCAGUUGGCAUCAACACCCUCUACAAGCCAGACCAGCACGACACCAACAACACCCUCAUCGUUCAAAACGUGGAUAUGUCUGAUUCUGUUCCGACCGCCAUCCAGUAUGCCAAGGAUAACACUGUUCUCCUGGCGGGAAACAAGGUCGUGUCUGGUUUCACCCAAGGUCGAGAAUACUCGGGCACCACUGGCAAGGCCAUCCAGAGUGCUCUCGAUGCCACGAAGACGCCUAAAGGUCUCUUGUCCAGCGACGGCAAGGUCUUUACCCGCGUCAAGCCCCAGUACGAGGAUGUCCCGGUCGCCAACUUCGUCAGCGUCAAGUCAGCCGGUGCCAAGGGUGAUGGUGAGACUGACGACACUGCGGCCAUCCAGAAAAUCUUCAACAAUGCCAAGGAGACCGACAUCAUCUAUUUUGACCACGGUGCAUACGUCGUCUCUGACACCGUCAAGAUCCCCAAGAACAUCAAGAUCGUCGGCGAAAUGUGGCCGCUUAUGAUGGCUACCGGCAAGAAGUUCUCCGACGAGGCUAACCCAGCUGUUGUCUUCCAGGUCGGCGAGGCUGGCGAUGUCGGAACUGUCGAGAUGUCUGAUAUGAUCUUCGAGACCAAGGGCCCUCUCCCUGGCGCGAUCCUCAUGGAGUGGAACCUGGCCGGAUCUGAGAACGGUGCUUCCGGCAUGUGGGAUUGUCACUUCCGCAUUGGUGGUACUUCGGGCACCGAGUUGCAAUCCGACAAGUGCAGCAAGAACCCCAAUGUCACCACGACCCCCAACCCCGAGUGCAUGGGCACCUUCCUGAUGCUCCAUCUCACACAGACGGCUUCCGCCUAUGUUGAGAACGUUUGGUUCUGGGUUGCUGACCACGAGCUCGACCUCGAUGACCACAACCAGAUCAACAUCUACAACGGCCGCGGUGUCCUCAUCGAGUCGCAGAACCCCGUGUGGUUCUGGGGUACCGCCUCCGAGCACAGUGUCCUGUACAACUACCAGAUCGCCAAUGCGAAGAACACGUUCUUUGGACUCGCCCAGACAGAGACUGCCUACAUGCAAGGAAACCCUGAUGCCACCCAAGGAGUGACUGUCUCUGAAGGAUACUUCGAUCCUGAUUUCAAGUCAUCGUGCGAUGGUUCUUCGACGAGGUGUGCUCGUACUUGGGGUAUGCGCAUCACCAACUCCUCCGAUGUGUUCAUUUAUGGUACUGGCAUGUACAGCUUCUUCGACAACUAUGCUCAGACCUGUCUGGACACCCAGAGCUGCCAGGACAACAUGAUGAGCAUCGAGGACUCCAGUGUCCAUCUCUAUGGUAUUAGCACCAAGGCCUCGGUCAACAUGAUUACCCUCGACGGCAAAUCUGCUGCUCUCGACUCGGACAAUCGCAACAACUUCUGUGGUUCAAUCGCUAAGUUCGAAAGUGAUGGUGCCUCCGGAUCCGGUUCAGGCUCUGGCUCAGGAUCGGGGUCAGGUUCGGGCUCUGGCUCAGGAUCGGGAUCCGGUUCAGGCUCUGGUUUGGGCAGCUCCGUCCCUGCCGGAUCCUCGACGGCUACAACACUUUCAGGAACUGUCUCGAAGACCAAGACAUCCACAGCAUCAACCUCCACUGCCUCAACAGCGGUGGGUAGCGGGUCAGGAUCAGGUUCUGGAAGCGGCUCCGGUAACGGGUCAGGCAGCGGUUCGGGCUCUGGCUCAGGAUCGGGCGCUGGCCAGGAAACAGGCACCGGUUCGGGCUCGGGCUCGGGCUCGGGUGGCAGCACCUCUACUGCAACCACAGCUACUGCAAUUUCCUCCCCUCCAGGCGGCUACGGGUCUGGUACCGGGUCUGGAAGCGGCAGUGGAUCUGGAAGCGGCAGCGGAUCUGGAUCAUCGGCUAGUGGCUUGGGUGGCAGCACCUCUACUGCAACCGCAGCUACUGCAGCCUCCUCCCCUACAGGCGGCUACGGUCAGAGUGGAGGAGCUACAACAGCUCAGACGACCGCUCAGACCGCUCAGACGACCGCUGAGACGACCACUGUAGUGACCGCGACAGCUGGUGCAUCUGAGAGCACCAUCGCGGUUCCAUCUGGCACCCAAAGCGCGGGCACCGGUUCGGGCUCUAGCUCGGGCUCUGGCUCGGGCUCUGGCUCGGGCUCUGGCUCGGGCUCUGGCUCGGGCUCUGGCUCGGGCUCUGGCUCGGGCUCUGGCUCGGGCUCUGGCUCGGGCUCUGGCUCGGGCUCUGGCUCGGCCUCUGGCUCGGGAGCAGGCACCGGUUCGGGCACCGCUUCAGCUUCGGGCACCGGCUCGGGCUCUGAUUCAGGAUCGGGCGCUGGCCAGGAAACAGGCACCGGUUCGGGCUCUGGCUCAGGUUCCCCCACGCAGAGCAGUGGUAGUGGCGACGGUUCUCCUGUGAUCGUGACUGUCACCGAGACUGUCACCGCGACGGGCAGCUGCCAGACGCCUUGA